AUGUUUAUAAGAUUCCUUGUAAUUAUAAAACAUGUUGGUGAUCAAACUUAUAUUUCUAUUUUUUACCUAUUUCAAGUAAUUCAUUUGACCUGUGAAAUUUUUAGAUUUUCGGCUUCGGCUGGGGCUGGGGUCACAUGCUUUGAUGACAAACAGUUUCCUUUGAAAUUCGGGGAUGGAACCACUGGCGAUUUCUCGAUAGAGUUCAUAGAUCUGACUCUAGACUAGAAGAUUAUUGUGUUCGCAGGCUAUGGAUAUUCCAAUAGUACUUUUACAAAUAUCCCAAUCAUCGGAGCAUACGUCAAGUAUGAUUUAAUCAAGAAAAUUACUUGGCUCAAAACUCUCAAGUCUACAUAAUUAGUAUCGAGAGUAUCCGCACUUGCUCUUAGUCAUAGUCAGGAGUAUUUACUCGCUACUGUUUCUAAUAUGUUUGGACUACUAAUUUUGGAUGCGUAUAAUGGUCAAAUGAUUCAUUCAGGAAUAAGUGAUACUCAAACUUAUGAUGAAAUACCAAAUUAUGGGGCUCUUAUGGAUAAAAACAAUAAUAUUUUUGUGACUUACUAAACUUAGACAACAUAGAAGGUUAUCAUUCAGAAAUUUUCGUUCGAUCUCAAAUCGACUCUGUGGAAGCAGGAACUUCUUCCAUCAGGUAAGCCAAGUGUCAUAAAAUACAGAGAAUCAGACGAGAAAAUAUUUGCUCUUGCAGAUUACUAUUAUUCAAGCACUAGUUCCUUUUAGAGAAGUUUCAGUUUGAUUAAAAUAGAUAUCGUAACAGCUGCAGCUAAUUUAUGGAAUAUUGAAUUCACCCUUGGUGAUUUCACUAAUGCAAAGACUUAUGAUUUAAGAGUAGAGGGAAAUUUUGCAGUUGGAUGCUAUUACUCAAACUAAGUAGCCGGCUAUCUAGCUUUUAAUGAAUAGACAUCCUAAUAUCAGAUGAGGCACUUUUCAAACGGAGCAGGAUUUCUAUGUCUUGGAGUAUAUCUGCUGCCCAAUUCUACAUUUGCUUUUUUCUACCGAUUAUUAAAUGCAGGAGUAUAAUUUAGAUAUUGGAUAACAUAUGAUCCAUUUAAUGAACCUAAUGAUAGCUUUGACUUGAAGACCUUUGAUUAUUCUGCUCUUUAUCCUAGUUCUUACAAGUUUUAAUAUUUCAAAUCAGUCGGCUGGAUGAACUUUUACUUCAUUGGAAAUGAUGGGAUAUCUAGAACGAAAGGAUUUAUUGAGUCUAAUUUUCCAGAGUAGACUUGUAGAACACCUCCAGUACUUUCAUCAUUAGGACCUCGAAACAAACUUAACUCAAGCCCGACCAUGUAUACAUCUUCUAAAGCUGGUGUAAGUAAUGGCUUUACAAAUAUGGUAAUGCUGAUCUACACUGUUGAUACAACAAAGGGGGUUUUGACUCCAAAUGGUUAUUGCUCUUAGCCCUCUACGGUAACCAUAUCCAAUCCUACUGGCUAUACCACCUCUAUAAAUUGCUUAAUGAAUCAACCUUGUAAUGUAAUUAUUGGAAACUAUAUCUCCCCUUAAGGCUGCACUGAUGCUCCUUAAAUUGUGUACACAAUGGUAGACACUUCAAAUGAAAGUUUUCCGAUAGUAUAUCAGUAACCAAUGACAGCUGACUUUGUGAAUAUAACUUUCAAUCCUGGCUCACAACACAUUGGUAAUAGGCAGUACAAAAUUAUUGCAUAAAUGCUGAUUAAUGGUUCAAUGUAUACUGAAAAUUCCGAUGUUACUUUCAAUAUCACAGUAUAAGAUAUCUGCCUUACAAGCUUUUAAUUCCUUAAUACUCCUUAUGUUUUGAAGCAGUUGCCUGGACUCCAGCUACUUAUUUACUCUUCAAACGUGUCAUAUGUUGGGUUUUAUCAAAUAUCGGUUACUGGAACUCUAUAAAACUAGUACCAAAAUCAGUUAUACUUUGAUUGGAGACUUUAUGUUUAGGAUCCCAGAUUCGUGAUAACAGAAAACACUCCUCCUUACUUCGUGUCUCCACUUCAAAAAUAAGUACUUACUUGCAAUAAAAAAAGCUAGUAUACUUUGCCGAAGACUGAAGAUUAUGAAAAGGACAACAUCUUAACAUUCGUUGAUCUAGGCCCAGCUUCUAUUUUUGCAGUGCUAGAGAAAUCGAAAUUUAUAUUUCACCCAAUUUGUACAAUUGGUGGAUCUGAUACAUAGAUUAAAAUAACAUUACAAGACGAUAAUAAAUACUCUAAGUCGAAUAUUCAAUUUCUCUAAAUUUAACUCAAAUCAGAGUAGGAGGUUAAUAAAUGCAUUCAUGAUAAAGAACUAACAGCUAGAAUAUCUCUUGUGACUAAUAAAGGAAUGGUGUAUGUUAAAUUUAAUAAAGAUAUAAAGAACGAUACGGACACGCAGUUUCAGAUUGAAAAUAAUCUCAAAUUCAGAGUGAUAAAAGCAUUCGGUUAGGGUGUUUAAAAUAUAAAAUCAUAUAAGGUUGCAUCAAUGACUAAUAGAAUGAUAAGACUGAAGGUUGAAUAUCAAAAUCCAUAGCAAAUAUCAAACCUGGGGGACAACAGUAUAAUAAUGACUGUUAUAGAUUAAAAAUGUAUCAAAGAUGGAGGUGUCUAUCUUAACAAAAUUCCACCUUAGCUUUUAGACUCAGGUAUUUUAGUCUAAAUUUUUUGUUAUAAAAAAAUCUUAGGAAUGUUAGCAAUUUUGCAAGUUGCAGGAUCUGUAAUCAUAACUCAUUUACCUUUAAUGGCUAUACAGCUUCCAGCAAAUGCCAUAUUCUUUUAUAAUUUGAUCUACGACAUCUCAAAUUUUAACCUAAUCCCAGUUGAUAAGAUGAAUGAGUUGCUAUUUGAUGAUUAGGAUCUCCCUAAGGAUGAUCCAGAAGAUGACUCAGACGACUAUUACCCAAUCAAUAUAUACUUCUUUUAAAUGGGUCGCACUUUCUCCUUUUUUGAUGAUAAUAAUCCUCUAAAUUAAUUUCAGCAAGUUAAAUACAAUUCAAAAAAGAAACAGUAUCGGCUCAUUGUGGUUCAAAGUUUUUUUGCUAUAAUGUCCUCACUACUUCUGAUGGUUUUUUAUUUAAGAGUGAAACCCUUUGAGAACUACAGCCAGUCAAUGAUUGAACUUUUCAAUGAGGGAUGUGUGCUAUUCUAGUGCUAUUAUAUGCUAUUGAAUACUGAUAAUGAUCUAGUUAGUUCUACUGAUAAUGAUUUAAGACUUAAUUUGGGAUGGUUCACUGUUGGACUUACUCUCUUGUACCUAUUAGUAAAUACUCUGAUUGUCCUUGUUUAGAUGUUUGGCUAAUUAUCUUAAACGAUAAAGUAAAAAUGUAAAAAGCCGGCUAAAACUUAGAUUUAUCAACUUGAAUCUUCAAUGAAUAAAACAUAUGCCUUUGAGUAGUCUACAUAUUCAUUUAACACUUAUAAUGGAUUUAAAUCUUAACAGCAAAGUUUUGUUAAUAAUUUUGACCAUUCACUAGAUAAUUCCAAAGAAUAGACUAGCAAUUUCAAUGAAAUUAGUAUGGAUAUUUUUGAACAAGCUAGUAGUCAAAGAAGAGGAGGAUAAAGUGGUUUUGAAAAAAUUCAACUUAACCCCUUCAAUAAAAAAAUGUCUUCCUAUUACAAUGGUGAGGAAACAAUAAAGAAAACUAAAUUGUUUUCACAACUUAAUAAUAAUGUAAAUGAAGAUAAAGAAUCUCAUAAAGAUUCAAAGGGUGGAAUCAGUCUUUCUUUUAAACUAGAUAAAGCUAAUGACAAAAAGUAGAGCAACGAAGAGGCUAAAAAGAAAAAAAAGGAAUAAGUAGCCUAAUUGGAAUAUUUACCUUACAAUUUCGACUGA